GUGACGUCAAUAAUUAUUUUUGGGUUUUUUGUAGCAAAAAAGAAACUCUCUCAGACGGGCGGACGACACGCGUCAAGAAAAGGCCUCGUCAUCGGUCUGUUAAAAUUUAUUUAGGCAAAAGAAGCACAAGGAUUUUUUCUCUCUCUACAUCUUUAUCUUAAAACAUGAAUAGAUUUGUUUCAAAAUACUCAUCUUCUCCUUUACAAUUACCUCAAGAGGAGAAUUUCGGUCAACUUUGUGGAAAAUGGGAUGCUGCUCAACAAUUCGCUUUCCCUUCUUUUGACAUUCCUGCUAUCCAUAACCCUGUCGACUUUUUAAGAAGUGUUACUGAUGAACAAUCUCCAGAAUACAAGAUCAAGAUUCAACACGGUACCACCACACUUGCUUUCCAAUUUCAAGGUGGUGUUAUUGUAGCUGUUGAUUCCAGAGCUACCAUGGGAAAUUAUAUUGGUUCUCAAACUGUCAAGAAGGUUAUCGAGAUUAAUCCUUAUUUAUUGGGUACAAUGGCCGGUGGUGCUGCAGAUUGUUCUUACUGGGAACGUGAGUUGGGAAGACGUUGUCGUUUGCACGAAUUAAGAAAUAAGGAACGUAUCUCCGUUGCCGCUGCAUCAAAAUUAUUAGCAAACAUGGUAUAUGCCUAUAAGGGUAUGGGCCUUUCCAUGGGUACUAUGGUCACUGGUUGGGAUAAAUCUGGACCAAAUCUUUUCUAUGUUGAUUCAGAUGGUUCAAGAAUUAAGGGUGAUAUUUUCUCCGUUGGUUCCGGUUCAACAUUUGCUUAUGGUGUUCUUGAUACUGGUUACGAUUUUGAUUUAUCUGUUAAGGAUGCUCUUGAGCUUGGUAGAAGAUCUAUUUACCAUGCUACACAUCGUGAUGCCAUGUCUGGUGGCUCCGUCAACUUAUAUCACGUCACUGAGGAAGGAUGGAAUUACCAUGGUAACCAUGAUGUCGGAAGUCUUCAUUGGGAUUACCAAGACGGUAUUGCCAAAGAAAUUAUCUAAGUUAAUCCACGUCUCUCUCUUUUUUUUUCUUAUAUCAAAUAAAUAGCUAAAAAAAUAUACAUAUAUUAUCUGGAAGAAUAAGGACGAGUUUAUGGACUGGAUGGUAUAGGACAGUUAUAAUACUGUGGUGGUUUACUUAUAGUUUAACGAUACCUAUUUGCCGUAUAUUUUCCAAUUUUAUGCCCUAAAAAAACCUUUGGUGAUAUGACUGACAACAUUCAUCUCGUAGCAUUCUUGAAAUAAAACAAACCAAUUUCAUUGGCUCUUCUGAUAUAUAAAAUUCUACCCCAGGGCAAAAAA